CUGACUCACAGCAAACUCCAGCACAAACAUCAUCUCACACAGCCAACCUCAGAUGCAUGUUCCGGGACUGCUGGGUGCUGGUGGUGGGAUAACAACUACAAACAACUUCCAACUAACUGGCAGAGAGAACAUGGCUUCCCUGAUGACUGGUCUGUGGCAACUAAUUAUUCCCAUGAUUGUCCUAUCACACUUUUCAGCAUCUCUGCCAUCCCGGGAGAGGACUGAGAGACAUGCUGAUGGGCUUUUCCACAGUGAGCUCAGCAAGAUGAAUGGCAAUGCCUAUGUGCAGCAGCUAGUCAAACACCUGGUGGGCCUCAAGGAGAGGUCCCAGAGGCACUCAGAUGGACUGUUUACCAGUGAAUACAGCAAGAUGAGAGGAAAUGCUCAGGUUCAGAAAUUCAUUCAAAAUCUCAUGGGUCACAAGCGCAGCUCUCCAGGCCCAGUCAACACAGAUGUACAGGGAAGAGAGGAAGAAAACAGCCACGAGGAACUUUGUUUUAUGUGGUUGUACCAGAGCUUUCUAAACACCAGCCACUCGGACAGUGAUGCCAAGGAAGCUGCUGCAAUUACCAGCCAGUACGUUUGCCCCAUCUCUAAGCAGCUGGUUGCAGACAUGAAGGAAGAUACAAACAGUUUCGACUGAAAGUGAAAGGAAAGAAACAUCCAAGGAGACAGCUUUGCAUGUAUAUAGCCUUGAAAAUAAACAGGGAAGCUAUUGAAUUUGCUUAGGAAAAACUCUUGAGAUCAGCUAAUAAAAAAAAUGGUGGAAAGCAGCCAAAACCCAAUAAAACUUCUUAGAUUAUCGAGUGAAAUAUAUGUCAGUGUGAAUUGCUGUCAGUAGAUGGAGCCUAAAUGAAGCACAUCACUUCCACUUUGUGUUAGCAUCUGGCUGCCUGCUUCUGAAGUCUAAUAAAGAUUUGCUAGCUA